CUCCUCCAGUCGAACCUCCUCCAGUCGAACCUCCUCCAGUCGAACCUCCUCCAGUCGAACCUCCAGUCGGACCGAACCUCCAGAGGUUCCGGGCGGGCUCUGAUCUCCGCGGAUCGAUGGCUGCUGUGUCGGGAAGCCUGCGCUGAUACGCACGGACGGUUCUGGUCCAGCCGGUUCCGCUGAGCGGAGGAAAGGGGGAGAGGAAGAGGAGAAGAGGAGGAGAGGAAGAAGAGGGUUCCUCCAGGAGGAAAUCGUUCCCGGAGCGGUGGCGAUGGCGCCCGGCGCCCCCUUCCCCACCGUAGACGUGCCUGACCACGCCCACUACACCAUCGGCUCCGUCAUCCUGGCCAUCGGCAUCACCGGCGUGGCGGGAAACCUGCUGGUCAUCUACGCCUUCAGCAGGAGCCGGAGUCUGAGAACUCCCCCCAACAUGUUCAUCAUCAACCUGGCCGUCACCGACCUGCUGAUGUGUCUCACCCAGUCGCCCGUCUUCUUCACCACCAGCAUGAGCCGGCGGUGGAUCUUCGGGGAGAAAGGUUGCGAGCUCUACGCCUUCUGCGGCGCCCUGUUUGGGAUCUGCUCCAUGGUGACGCUGACGGUGAUCGCCGUGGACCGAUACUUCGUCAUCACGCGACCUCUGACCUCCAUCGGGAUGUUGUCACGGAAACGGGCCCUGCUCAUCCUGGCGGCGGCCUGGAGCUACUCGCUGGGCUGGAGCCUGCCGCCCUUCUUCGGCUGGAGUGCCUACGUGCCCGAGGGCCUGCUAACUUCCUGCAGCUGGGACUACAUGAGCUUCACGCCGGCGGUUCGAGCCUACACCAUGCUGCUGUGCGUCUUCGUCUUCUUCCUGCCGCUCUUCAUCAUCGUCUCCUGCUACGUCUUCAUCUUCCGGGCCGUCCGCCACACCAACCGGGCCGUCGGCAGGACCGGCGGCGGCAGAGACUCUCUGAAGAGCUUCAACCGGCUGCAGAACGAGUGGAAGAUGGCCAAGAUCGCCCUGAUCGUCAUCCUGCUGUACGUGGUGUCCUGGUCGCCCUACGCCGCCGUGGCGCUCACCGCCUUCGCCGGGUACUCCGACAUGUUGACUCCCUACAUGAACUCUGUUCCAGCCGUCAUCGCCAAGGCCUCGGCCAUCCACAACCCCAUCAUCUACGCCAUCACGCACCCCAAGUACCGGAUGGCGUUGGCCAAGUACAUCCCGUGUCUGGGAGCUCUGCUCUGCAUCCGCCCCGCCGACCUUCGCUCGGCCAGCAGCAGCUUCGUCUCCACGCGUCGCUCCACCGUCACCAGCCAGAGCUCCGACGUCAGCAGCCAGUACCGGCGCCAGAGCGGCCGCCGGUCCCGCCUCUCCUCCGCCUCCGACAGCGAAUCGGGCCUGACCGACACGGAGGCCGACCUGGCCAGUCUGGGGUCUCGACCCGCCAGCCGCCAGGUCUCCUGUGACAUCAGCAGGGACACGGCCGAGCUGCCCGACUACAAACACUCCACCAAGUCCUCCAGCCUCAAGUCCAAGGUGAAGAACCACGACUCAGGAAUCUUUGACAAGACGUCCUACGACGGCGUCUCCAUGGGGGGAGUCAGCAGCAGCCUCCCCAACAGCGGCGAGUUCAUCGACGGCCCCGUGACCAGAGGAGCCAUCGGCCGCAUCCCCAGCAUCGUCAUCACCUCCGAGUCCAGCCCCUUCCUCCCCACUGGACGGACCGGAUCACGGAAGACCCGACCCAAGACAGGCAGCACGGGGGCGGGGCCUGGGUAGAGCCCCGCCCCCUCAAACCGCUGCCAGCCCUCCUUCCACAAACAUUCAGAACCAAAGAGGGUCGACACCUUUUCAUCGUUUUAUCGUCUUUAAACCUCAUUCUUGGACAGAUUUGGUGGAUUUGAUCCAUCUUUUACAACCAAAUGUGGAACUUUAGAAACAGAUCAACACCUAGUGGAGCUCCGCCCCUUCAACCGGGCCAGAACCUGAGUCUCCUGCUGGUCCCGGGGGUCCGGUUCUGGUGUUCCAGAGGAGACGUGUCUAUGUGACUGCAAUGCAGCUGAAUCCACGUCCCCUAAAAGUCUGAACUGUAACCAUGACCAAAACCGGUUCGGUUCCAGCCUGAAAAUGGCCACGGUUACAUGAUGAUUUUUAAUUCAGAAUUAAUUAUUCUGAAUUAAAUAAUUCAGAAUUUAACUAUUUUCCUUGGAGUUUACAUGGAAAUAGUAAUUCUGAAUGGAGGUUUCCAUGGAAACACGUUUGCUGGUCUUUCUCCAAUUCCUCUCCAGGUCUGGGGGUUGGGAAGGUUCUGAUUGGAUAGGGGGGGGACCGGAAGUUAAACUACCGGAAGAAAAACUAACUUAGCCGCUACAACUUUGAAAAGCUCACAAUUUUGAUGUUUCCUGUUUCCAUCUGUUCUUUUAAUGAUUUCUAUUUAUUAAAUAAAUGGUCUCUGCUCUUGACCAGCGUUUGCUACUGCUGCAUCUUUAAACUUUGUUAGGAAAACCAGCCAAGUGGAAUAUAAGAUCAUGGAGACAGACGGGGAGGGAACGAGCAGAAAGAAAGAUCGGAAUUAAUUUAAAGAGGAAUGAGUUAUACAUGAUCUGGAAUUAUUCUAUUCGGAUUUAAAAUCGGAAAAUAAACCGGCCACUUACUUUGGAAUUAAGUUUAAUUCGGAAUGGCCAUUUUCAUUCGGAAUUAGGUGUUUACAUGGUAAUUUUUACUCAUUUUAAAUCGGAUUUAAUUUUAAUUCUGAAUUAAAGAGGAAUUAAACUUCCCAUGUAAACGCACUGAAUGUGUUUAGUUGUGUUUUAAAGUGGAACAUUUACACCUGCAGGUCUGGACCCGGACCCCAGGGGUCAGUAGAGGACCUGCAGGUCCAGAACCAGCUCCGGGUCUGGGUCCUAGUCCAGGCCCGAUGAGACAGAAGGACCAUCAUGCAUUGCUGCAGCCGACCGGCGUCACAAGAAAAUAGGAUUUCGAAUGUAAAACAGGAAGUGACAAUUAAGCUGUAAAUAACUCUACAAUCAUCUUCUUACAGAGCAAUUUACUUUCAUAAUAAACUUCUCCUGCAAAGUGUAAAAAAUAAAAAUAAAAUAAAAAUAAAUAAUAAUAUAAAAUAUAUAUAAUAUAUAUAUAAAAAUAUAGGAAGCACAACUUUUACAGCAAAAGACCUCAAAAUGAAGGAAGUAGAUUCAGAGAAGAGAAGAGAGACUCCUGGUUCCUGCCAGUUCUGGACGGUAGAAAUCUUGUGAUGUUCUUGGUAAAAGAAAACUAUUAAAAUGUUAAUAAUGACUUCUGCUAGUUUCUGUAGCUAUUGUUGAUUCCUUCGUGUUUACUUCUACUUUUAUUGUUGUGGUUCUAACAGCAAAGAUCGGCCCACCGUAAAGAAACGGUUCUGUUUUCAAACCCAAGACGGUGGACGUGGAGCUCCGGGUCCCAACCAGGACGCUAGGCUAGGCUAGGCUAGGCUUACACGAGUGUUCCGACGUCUCACAAGUGUGUCACAAGUGUUGUCACCUGUCUCACAAGCGCUAGCCGGAGCUAACCGAACCGCAGCGCUAGCCGGAGCUGCUUCCUGGUUUGGUGUUAAUCUCUGCAGGAUGCUAAUGUGCUAGCCAGCGCUAAUCUGCUCCCGAUGAAACAGAAAUAAAAUAACGUGACGUUUUUCGGCCCGAAAGCUGUCGAACUUGUUGUUAGCGUUAGCGCUUCAGUGUUGUUAGCGUUAGCGCUUCAGUGUUGUUAACCCCCCGACGGCGUCGGAGUCCCGGUACCUGAACGUGAACUGAUGGACCUGCUAACUGUAGCGUAUCCGACCCGGACCAUCGUGUGUGUAGCUUCCUGUUU